AUGGCAGCAGUGCCAUCUGCAACGGCCGUAGUGGGCCCGGGGCCACUGCCCCAGUCUCCGGUCGCAACUAGCUGGGGCUGGAAGCCAGCGACACAAGUGGAGGACCGCCGGUUCGGCCCCGUGAAGUCCGAGCCUUUGGUGCGCAAGGACUGCGUGCCCUUCGUGUGCCGGGACGGCCUGCCCUUGGACUACGGUGCCGUUGCUGAUGAUGUGUGGAAGGACUUUGACGUGUCCCUGAGCAAAUUGGCAAACGAGGCGGCCUUCCUCCGGGGCAUGCUCAAAGCCUUGGGCCGCGAGGGCAAGGGCCGAGGCGAUGUUCCGCGCCUGCCCAGCUCCAAGCUGCUACCCAUGCCUGUCUGCAAGGACAUGGUCAUGGAGGAGAAGACGAAGCUGAUCGAGCCUGGCACAGGAGGCUUACAGCCCAGCCGGCUGCGCGAGAAUCGCAGUCCCCGUUCUGUCCGCUUGGGGAAGGUUGUGGUGCAGAAAUAUCCCACGGGUCCCACGAACAAGGAGAUCAUCGAGGAUGGAUCCGCCCCGCUGCCUGAGAAGGAGGCACCGGUGCGUGUGCGCAGACCUUUUGGUGAGGUGAACCUCAGCAUGAACUCGGCGCCCUUCAGAGUCAGAGCUACUGUGGGAUAG